CUGAGUCCUGUGUGAGAUCACGAAUGAUUACCUGACAUUUUGCAUCACAGGUAAAUCCUUAGGAUUCGCACAAGGUUUGCAAAUAUGUUUACCGUGUCUCAGACCUCCAGAGCAUGGUUCAUCGAUAGAGCCCGCCAGGCCCGAGAAGAAAGGCUCGGGCAAAAGGAGCGGGAGAAGGCAGCUGUGGAGAUUCAGGCCCACGUCCGGAGUUUUCUUUGCCGUAGUCAACUACAGCGGGAAAUCAGGAAAGAGAUUGAUGAGUUUUUUAAAAGCAGUGAGUCUGGGUCCAGUAAAAGAAGCGCACUUUGUAUUUUUAAGAUUGCCCGGAAGCUGCUAUUCUUAUUCAAAAUUAAAGAGGAUAAUGAGAGAUUUGAGAAGUUGUGUCGCUCCAUCCUGAGCAGCAUGGAUGCUGAGAAUGAACCCAAGGUGUGGUAUGUGUCGCUGGCUCUUUCCAAGGAUCUCACCCUCCUGUGGAUUAAACAAAUCAAGGCUAUUUUGUGGUACUGCUGUGAAUUUCUUCAGCAGCUCAAGCCUGAAAUCCUCCAGGACUCCAAACUCAUCACACUGUACCUUACCAUGCUCGUCACCUUCACAGACACUUCCACGUGGAAAAUUCUUCGGGGAAAAGGUGAGAGUCUACGACCAGCCUUGAACCACAUUUGUGCAAAUAUAAUGGGACAUCUGAACCAGCACGGGUUUUAUGCAGUGCUACAGACACUGUUAACUCGUGGCCUGGCCAGACCCCGGCCCUCUCUCUCCAAAGGCAUGUUAACUGCAACCUUUUCUCUAGCACUGCGCCCUGUGACCGCUGCACGAUUUUCAGACAGUCUGCUUCGGCCAUUCCUCAUCCACAUCAUGUCUGUACCUGCUCUUGUGACCCAUCUCAGCACCCUGACCCCUGAGCGGCUCACAGUUUUAGAAUCUCAUGACAUGCUUCGUAAAUUCAUCAUCUUUCUAAGACACGAAGAUCAGUGCUGUGACGUGUGUGAGCGUUUAGAAGGCUGCCAUACGCUCUGUCUGAUGGGCAACCUCCUCCACUUGGGCUCCCUCAGCCCCAGAGUAUUAGAGGAGGAGAUGGAUGGCUUUGUGAGCCUGCUCACCCAGAUGCUCUGCUACUGCCAGAAGUAUGUAUCACAGAAGAAAUCCAACCUGACCCACUGGCACCCUGUCCUAGGCUGGUUCUCCCAAUCUGUGGACUAUGGCCUUAACAAGUCAAUGCCCUUGAUCACCAAACAGCUGCAGUUCCUGUGGGGAGUGCCUCUCAUCCGCAUCUUCUUCAGUGACAUCCUAAGCAAGAAGCUACUGGAGAACCCAGAGACAGCACCUGCGCAGCCAGCUUCCCCACCGAACGUGCUUCCAGUGAAGAAUCUCCUAAAGCGUGCGUUUCAGAAGUCGGCCUCAGUCCGGAAUAUCCUCAAGCCUGUCGGAGGUAAACGUGUUGACUCUGCAGAAGUACAGAAAGUCUGCAACAUCUGUGUCCUCUACCAGACCUCGCUGACAACGCUAACUCAGAUCCGGCUACAGAUACUCACAGGGCUCACUUACCUUGAUGACCUACUGCCCAAACUGUGGGCAUUUAUCUGUGAGCUGGGACCCCACGGAGGGUUAAAGCUCUUCCUGGAAUGCCUGAACAACGACACCGAGGAAUCCAAGCAGCUCUUGGCCAUGCUGAUUCUGUUUUGUGACUGUUCCAGGCACCUUAUCACGAUUCUUGAUGACAUUGAGGUGUAUGAAGAACAAAUUUCAUUCAAACUCGAAGAACUGGUCACCAUCUCCUCUUUCCUGAAUUCCUUUGUGUUUAAGAUGAUCUGGGAUGGAAUUGUAGAAAACGCCAAGGGUGAGACCUUGGAGCUGUUCCAGUCCGUCCACGGGUGGCUGAUGGUGCUUUAUGAGCGGGACUGCCGUCGGCGCUUUGCCCCCGAGGACCACUGGCUGCGCAAGGACCUCAAACCCAGUGUGCUCUUCCAAGAACUGGACAAGGAUAGAAAGCGGGCACAGCUGAUUCUGCAGUACAUCCCUCAUGUAAUUCCUCACAAAAACAGAGUUCUCCUGUUUCGAAACAUGGUUACCAAGGAGAAGGAGAAACUAGGGCUUGUGGAGACCAGCUCUGCAUCCCCACACGUCACUCACAUUACAAUUCGACGGUCCCGGAUGUUGGAGGACGGCUAUGAGCAGCUGAGGCAGCUCUCCCAGCACGCCAUGAAGGGUGUGAUCCGAGUGAAGUUUGUCAAUGACCUCGGGGUGGAUGAGGCAGGGAUCGACCAGGACGGCGUUUUCAAGGAGUUCCUAGAGGAGAUCAUCAAGAGGGUCUUCGACCCAGCACUCAAUCUGUUCAAGACCACCAGUGGGGACGAGAGGCUAUAUCCUUCGCCUACUUCCUACAUCCAUGAGAAUUACCUGCAGCUUUUUGAGUUUGUGGGGAAGAUGCUGGGGAAAGCUGUAUAUGAGGGAAUUGUGGUGGAUGUGCCCUUCGCCUCCUUCUUCCUGAGCCAGCUGCUUGGGCACCACCACAGCCUCUUCUACAGCUCGGUGGACGAGCUGCCUUCUCUGGACUCGGAGUUCUAUAAAAACCUCACUUCCAUCAAGCGCUACGAUGGGGACAUCGCUGACCUGGGCCUGACGCUCUCGUAUGAUGAAGAUGUGAUGGGUCAGCUCGUUUGCCAUGAACUGGUUCCUGGAGGGAAGACCAUCCCCGUUACAAAUGAAAAUAAGAUCAGUUACAUCCAUCUGAUGGCACAUUUUCGGAUGCACACUCAAAUAAAAAAUCAGACGGCUGCUCUCAUCAGUGGGUUCCGCUCCAUUAUCCAGCCCGAGUGGAUCCGAAUGUUCUCCACCCCCGAACUGCAGCGUCUCAUCUCUGGUGACAACGCUGAGAUUGAUCUGGAAGAUUUAAAGAAACACACAGUGUACUACGGGGGUUUUCACGGAAGUCACAGAGUCAUCAUUUGGCUGUGGGAUAUCCUGGCCUCGGACUUCACGCCCGCCGAGAGAGCCAUGUUUCUGAAGUUCGUGACCAGCUGCUCCAGGCCCCCGCUGCUGGGAUUCGCCUACCUCAAGCCUCCGUUCUCCAUCCGUUGUGUUGAAGUGUCAGAUGAUCAGGACACUGGGGACACUCUGGGCAGUGUCCUGCGAGGUUUUUUCACUAUCCGCAAGCGGGAGCCAGGCGGUCGCCUGCCCACCUCCUCUACCUGCUUCAAUCUUCUCAAGCUACCCAACUACAGCAAGAAAAGUGUCCUGCGGGAGAAGCUGCGAUACGCCAUCAGCAUGAACACAGGCUUUGAGCUCUCCUAGCU